AUGCGUCGCACCCAGAGGCCUGCCAUCCCCUGGCGCUUCAAGGCGCUGGCCUUGGAGCAGCUGGGCGAAGCGGCGGGGAACUUGGCCAAGGGCUCCUUCGCCGCCUGCGAGGAGAGUUGCCGCAGGGUCUUAGCGCUGAACCACGGCUGGCGCCCGUCUGGUCCUAUCCUCUCGCCCAGCUUCGACGCCGAUGGACCCCAGGUGGCGGCGGACGGGGAGCCGCUGGCCCUGGAGGCGCUGCGGCUGCGGCUCUCCGCGCGGCUGCAGCUGGGCGCCUGGGAGCGCGCCGAGGCGGACGCCCUUCGCCUGCGUUCCCGCGGCCGCUGGGCGCAGCUGGCGCAGCUGGCGCAGGCUGCGGCCUUGCUGGGCCGCCGGAAGCGCCCAAAGCGGAAGGCGCUCGCAAGUUGUGACAAGGGGGGGCCUUGGGUGCGCCUCGCAGCGCACAGGGCCGAGAAGCUCCGGGGGAGGCUGGAAGCAGAGAGCGGACAGGUCCCAGACCUACGAGACCUCUACUUCGAGGACCCAGCAGCUGCCGCUUCCGCUUCGCCAGCGGACGCAGAGCUGGAGGAAAGCGCGUGGCACGUGGCGACGGCGCUGCCGCCGCUGCCGGACUACGUCUGCAAGGAUUUGGAGGUGCAGGUUCUUCCGAGCGGCCGUGGGGUGGUCGCCACCACAGACAUCCCGCAGGGUACGCUGCUCAUGGCCGCCAACGCUGCCUGUUUCCAAGGGCCUGCUGCCUUCCCCGCGCCUUGCGUGUCAGGCGCCGCGGCGUCCAAAGGCUCGGCGCCGGAGGACCUGGUGAAGGUCUUCGCGGACUGCACGGCGCCCAUGCAGAAGGCCCUGGCCGCCGCCUGCGGCCCCGGCGCCGGCGCCUCGCCGUCGACGUCGCUGCGGCGGCAGCUGGGGACGCUGAGCGACGGGGAGGAGCUGCCGGAGGUGCCGAGCAACGUGCUGCAGCGUUUGGCGAGUGACGAGGACGAGGUCUUCUCGUCGUUUUCGCCCAGCUCUGAGAAGCUCUUCGGGAUUUUGAAGACCAACGGCUUCUCCUGCGGCUCGCAGGCCUGGGGCUUAUGGCCCAUCAUCUCCUUCGUGAACCACUCCUGCUGGCCCAGCGCUCACUACGUCAUCACGGAAGCGGAGUCCUCGGACUCGCCAAUUCGGGGCGGCGUGAUGCUGCUGCGGGCGGCCAAGGACCUCUCCCAGGGCGAGGAGGUGACCUUCGAGUACUUUGGCGCGCAGCACGCCAUGCGCGACUUGCGGUCAAGGCGCCAGGUGACGGAGAACCACGGCGCGCAGGGCUUCAGCUGCCGAUGUGCCCGGUGCAGCCUCGAGGAACAGCUGAAGGAGUCCGAUCCCUUCUUCCAGCUUUCGACCGAUGUCACGGAGGAAGAGCUCAUAGCCCGCCUGCCGGAGGCGCCGGACGCCCGGAGCUGCGCGCUGGGUGCAGCCUUCGCUGCGCCCGCGCUGCGGAACUCGAGUUUGCUGCGGGCGGAGGCGCUGGAGAGGGCGGCGCCAGCGUCCAUGGAGCACCUGGAGGCUCUGGAGGCGCUGGCGAACGGCGACCAGCUGCUCCACUGGCUGCGGGUCCGCUACGGCGCCUUCGAGCCCGACGAGCUGCGAAGGAUCCACCAAGCGGCGAAGCAAAGCCUCUUUCCCGCCUCCUUCAUCCGGCGCGUGCCGCCAAAGUAA